AUGGCAUCGCUGGAGCCAGGCCUCACCGGGUCCCUGAACCGGGGCCAAGCCCAGACUUAUGGCACUGGCGAGAGCCCCGUGCCCCCACAGCGCCCUGGCACCCAGGAUCAGACCUACCUGGACGAACUCAUCAGCAUCCCCAAGGGCGAUGGGCCCGGUUUCAGCUUUAGGAAACUCUGGGCUUUCACCGGUCCCGGCUUCCUCAUGAGCAUCGCCUACCUGGACCCGGGCAAUGUGGAGUCGGACCUGCAGUGCGGGGCGGUGGCGGGGUUCAAGCUGCUGUGGGUGCUGCUGUGGGCCACCGUCCUGGGGCUGCUGUGCCAGCGCCUGGCCAUCCGGCUGGGCGUGGUGACGGGGAAGGACCUGGCCGAGAUUUGCUACCUCUAUUACCCCAAGGUGCCCCGCGUGCUGCUCUGGCUCAUGAUUGAGAUCGCCAUCAUCGGCUCCGACAUGCAGGAGGUGAUCGGGACAGCCAUUGCCUUCAGCCUGCUCUCAGCCGGCCGCAUCCCCCUCUGGGGUGGGGUCCUCAUCACCAUCGUGGACACCCUCUUCUUCCUCUUCCUUGACAAGUACGGGCUCCGCAAACUGGAGGCUUUCUUCGGCCUCCUCAUCACCAUCAUGGCUCUGACCUUCGGCUACGAGUACGUGGUGGUGAGGCCAGGGCAGGUGGAGGUGCUGAAGGGCAUUUUCCUGCCCUACUGCCCGGGCUGCGGGCGAGAAGAGCUGCUCCAGGCUGUGGGCAUCGUCGGUGCCAUCAUUAUGCCCCAUAACAUCUUCCUCCACUCCUCCUUGGUCAAGACGCGGGCUAUCGACCGGUCCAAGAAGGAGGCAGUGCAGGAAGCCAACAUGUAUUUCCUGACCGAGUCCUGCGUGGCCCUCUUCGUCUCCUUCCUCAUCAACCUCUUUGUCAUGGCUGUCUUCGGUGAGGCUUUCUACCACCAGCGAAACGAGGAUGUGCACAACAAGUGCAUCAACAGCAGCAUCAGCCACUACGCCAGCAUCUUCCCUGUCAACAACGAGACAGUCUCUGUGGACAUCUACCAGGGGGGCGUCAUCUUGGGCUGCUAUUUUGGGGCGGUGGCACUGUACAUCUGGGCCAUCGGGAUCCUGGCAGCAGGACAGAGCUCCACGAUGACCGGGACCUACGCGGGGCAGUUUGUCAUGGAGGGCUUCCUGCAGCUCCGCUGGUCCCGCUUUGCCCGGGUGCUCUUCACCCGCUCCUUCGCCAUCCUGCCCACCAUCUUUGUGGCCGCCUUCAAGGACGUCAGCCACCUCACGGGCAUGAACGACCUACUCAAUGUCCUGCAGAGCAUCCUGCUGCCCUUUGCCGUCCUGCCCGUCCUCACCUUCACCAGCCUGCGCCCGCUCAUGCAGGACUUCACCAACGGCCUCCCAGGGAAGGUGCUGAUGAUCCUCAUCACCGGGCUGGUCUGUGCCAUCAACGUCUACUUCGUGGUGGACUUUCUACCCACGCUGCGGGGCCUGGGCUACCACAUCCCCCUGGGCCUGCUGCUGGCCGCCUACGUGGCCUUCGUCGCCUACCUGAUCUGGACGUGCAGCAUCGCGCACGGAGCCCGGUUCCUGGCCCGGGGCCGCCACAGCCGGUUCAGCUUCGGUGUCUCCCUCGACCCGCCGACCCUGGCAGGGACCCGGUGA